GGAUCUUGCUCAACAUUGAGAAACUCAGAACUGUGCUGACGCAGCUUGAAGAACAGAUAACUGAUCAUAAUGUCCGUCUCACGUCGUGGAGGGGAGGAGCUGUCCCUAUUCAGGAUUCCUCCCUACUUUUACCUUCAUGUCCUUGACCAGAAUCUUAAUGUGACCCGUCUGGAGAUUGGUCCCCAGACAUACAUCCGACAGGAUAAUGAGAGAGUUGUGUUUGGCCCUGAAAAGAUGAUCACAGUGCCUCCAAGGCAUUACUGUGUCAUCGAGAACCCCCAUGUCCGAGACAAGGACAAUAAGGUUGUGCUGGACAACAGCGGUCAAGCCAAACUCCUCCAUGCUGACCAGGAGAUCCGUUUAGCACAGGACCCUUUCCCUCUAUACCCAGGCGAGGUCUUGAAACAGGUUGUGACACCCCUGAAAGUUGUAAAUGCCAACUCUGCUCUGCGCUUGAGAGCAAUUCUUGACUUUGAAGAAGAUAUCAAGCGAACAGCUGGCGAUGAGUGGCUGUUUGAGGGACCCGGGACCUAUAUCCCACGCAAGGAGGUGGUGAUUGAUGAGACAAUUCGUGCCACAGUAAUCCGUCCUAAUCAGGCUAUUCGUCUUCGGGCACGUAAGGAAACAAUUGACCGACAGGGCUCUCCCCGAGUGACUGGUGAGGAAUGGCUGGUUAAAAAGACUGGAGCUUAUCUCCCUGGGGCAUACGAGGAGGUGGUUGAUAUUGUCAAUGCUUUCGUCCUCACAGACAAGAAAGCUCUUCACAUGAGGUCCCUUAGAACAUUUAAGGAUGACUUUGGUGUGGUGAGGAAGAAUGGAGAGGAAUGGCUUAUAACGAUGACGGAGACAGAAACACAUAUCCCCAAUGUUUACGAGGAGGUUGUGGGUGUGGUCUCCAUCACGACCUUGACUUCUCGUCAGUAUUGUGUUAUCUUGGAUCCUUGUGAUGAAUCUGGGCGACCACAACUUGGACGCAAGAAGCUGGUCAAGGGAGAGAAAUCCUUCUUCCUUCUUCCUGGUGAGCGACUGGAGCGAGGCAUACAGAACAUAUAUGUCCUUGGUGAGGAGGAAGGUCUUAUUCUCAAGGCCACAGAAACAUUCAAGGAUGAAGAUGCCGAAGAAGACCGUCGUCCCGGAGACCGAUGGAUGAUCCGUGGACCCAAGGAGUAUGUACCACCAACUGAGGUAGAGGUUGUGCUCAAGAGACGUGCAAUUCCAUUAGAUGAAAAUGAGGGUAUCUACGUCAGGGACAUCAAAUCUGGAAAGGUUCGUGCCGUUACAGCUGAGACAUAUAUGUUGAGUCAUGAUGAGGAACUCUGGGAGAAGGAACUUCCUCCUGCAGUGGAGACACUCUUAGCCCAAGGCAAGGAUCCUCUGGCUGAUCGGGGUACAAGGGGACAAAGUACAGAGUCCUCAAAGGCUCGUGACAAAACUAGGGUUGUCACCUUCCGUGUACCACACAAUGCAGCAGUACAGAUUUAUGAUUACAAGGAGAAGAAAGCAAGGGUUGUGUUUGGACCAGAACUGGUCAUGCUUGGUCCUGAUGAACAAUUUACACAGCUCAGUCUGUCUGGUGGCAAACCAAAGAAACCUAAUUCUAUUAAAUCUCUCUGCCUCUUGCUCGGUCCAGACUUUAUGACUGAUAUCAUCGUUGUGGAAACAGCUGAUCACGCUCGACUCAGCCUCCAGUUAUCCUACAAUUGGCACUUUGAGAUCAAGGACAAGUUGCAGGUUUCCGAAUCCCACAAGAUCUUCAGUGUACCUGAUUUUGUUGGUGAUGCCUGCAAAGCAAUUGCAUCCAGGGUGCGAGGAGCUGUGGCUCAAGUACAGUUUGAUGACUUCCACAAGAACUCGGCCAGGAUUAUCCGAUCUUCUGUUUUUGGUUUCGAUGAGAAAGAUAAAGUGCGGGACCAGUUUGUUUUUAAUCAGAAUUGUUUGAUGAUUACCAGCAUUGAUAUCCAGUCAGUAGAACCAGUGGACCAGAGGACUCGAGAUGCUCUCCAAAAAUCUGUCCAGCUCGCCAUCGAGAUCACCACCAACUCCCAGGAGGCUACAGCUAGACACGAAGCUGAACGUCUCGAACAGGAAGCUAAGGGUCGCUUAGAGCGCCAAAAGAUCAGUGACGAGGCUGAGGCUGAAAAGUCACGUAAGGAGCUGCUGGAACUGCAGGCCAACAGUGCAGCUGUGGAAAGUACUGGUCAGGCCAAGGCAGAAGCCCAGUCUCGUGCUGAGGCUUCAAGGAUCGAAGGAGAGGCAGCUGUUGAGCAGGCAAAACUCAAGGCUAUGGCUAUGAAGAUUGAAGCUGAGUCUGAUCUGGAAAGACUGACCAGUGCCAGGGAAGCAGAAUUGAAAUAUAUUCGGGAGCAGAAUGACAUGGAACUCAACAAAUCCAAGGAAAUGUCCCUCAUCGAAACUGAGAAGUUCAAGAACAUGGUGGAUGCUAUCGGAGCUAGCACACUCCAGUCCAUUGCAGUCUCUGGUCCAGAGAUGCAGGUCAAGAUGUUGACCGCUCUAGGGUUGAAGUCUACACUCAUUACAGAUGGCAGCAGUCCAAUCAACCUUUUCAAUACUGCCAACGGACUUGUUGGUGGCCAGCUGCUUCCUGCUAAAAGGCGUCAUGCUCCAGGUGACUCUGAUGAGGAGGAUUAAAGGGCAGAUAACUAAAAGAGUACUCUCCCUUUACACUGUUUGUUUUCUUGGCCAAUUGUUAUUGGUCAUAUUUCUGUUACACACUGCAAUCAAAAUUUGAUGGUCGGAUGAAACACAUCUUCUGGUCAUUGAAAACAAAUUAUUUAUUAUGGACAGACAUUUCUACCCCAGACAACUUGGACCAAAAUGAGAAUGAGGUUUUAAAGGCAUGGUUAUGUGUUAUAAGAUAUUUUGUAAUAGUGAAGUUUCUGUGCAAGAUUUCAGAUUAAAUUAUCAUAACCAAGUAUGGUACAUAACAACCAAUUAAUGUUUAAUUGACCAAUAUAUAUUCAAUUGUGGUUAAAAAGUUAAAUGCUUGUUAUUUAGCAAAGAAUUUUUUUGUACUUGUUCAUGCAUAAUUCAUUGUAUUCUGCCUUAAAUCUUGUUUAAGAAAAAAAGUAUCUCUUCCAUUGCAUGCAAAUUGGUAAAUUUCAACUCUGCAUUUAAAACUUUCAUUAUGAACAUGACAUCUGUGUUAUUUUAUUAUAUUAUCAUUCAUAUUUUUCAUCUAGAUUUCUAUCUAAGUGUCAACUGGUAUAUUAAAGUUUAUACAAGUGCAAUUACAACUGUGAGAUGAAAGCAUGUGUGAUGACCUAGACUUUAAUUUGUAUUCUUUGUUUGGACAAAUGUGUUUGAAAUAGAUGCUUACACUUCAGCUGCACAACUUCAACAUAAGUUGACAAACCACGAAAAAAACUAAUAUGAUGUACACAGCAAUAUGAAAUUCACCAAUAGUCAACUCUUGUCAUGUUUGUGCAGCUGUAUAGUGAAAUAGUGAUAACCUAGUGUUUAAUUGCAUUUUCAUUAAUUAAGAAAAAAGUGCUUGGUACAGAACAAAUAUACAUACCAAGUACUAGCUGGAUUUUAAGGAGUCAGACUGCUUUCACAUUGAUAUACUGUAUUAAUAUUGUAUGAAUUUGUUUGGAGUAUAUUGUGAGUAGUGUCUGUAAAGACAGUGCUCACAGGUGUUUGUUGUUUUUUGUGGGUUGAAGUUAUUUCUGUUUUAUAACUAAUUUUGUACCAAUUUAGACUAUUGUCCUUUCUCUGUGAUAGACUCAGUGCACCUCUUUCUAACAUAAUAUAUAUUCUAAUAAAAUAUAUAUGUAUAGUGACAAUAUUUAAUUAUGCAACAUGUCUGUUUACAAUCCGACGGCGAGUGAAAUGGAUAUCAUGUUGACAAAUAGAAUUUUGUUUUUGUGAAUCUUAUUAAAAACUUAUAUGAAA